AUGAACGCAGCUCGCCAAGUCAUCUCCCGACGCUUUGUCAGCGGAAUGGGUCCCAGGCUCACCACACCUGCCCGAUAUGCCUCAACGAGCGUCGAGCAUCAUGGCCUGUCACCACAGGAUAAGAAAUUAAUGCGCAGUGUUUUCACUGCAGGAACACUGGCUGUCGCUGGAGGCGUGGCGUACGGUGCGGCCCGAUCUGGAGGCCGGGUAGGCAACCGCUUCAUGAAGCGGAAUUCGACCCUCGACAGCUCCAAGUGGUUUGCAGAAGGCUCUGAUACCAGCCGUUUCUUCGGCAGUAAACACUAG